CACACACUAAGUGAUGAGCACUUCCCCACUUCCGUCAGUGCCAGUUGAGAUACUGCACGACCUGGAGCCUUCACUCCAGGACCUCCUCAAUCUAUCAGUACUCGCCCAAUCUUUUGAAGGCAGGCCUGUCCUUGCUCCUCUUGUUCCAGACAUCAAGGAAUCGACCACCUCUUCGACACAGCGUGUAGAAUGCAUAAAAAGGAUAAUAGAAUAUGUUACAAGGACAGGCAAUCUAGCCAUGACUGCAUUUUUAGGUGCACUAAAAUCAACUAGUGAGUCAUGUGAAGGGCACCACAGAGCUUUAAUGCUGUUUGAAGAUGCAUCUACUGACAAGCCAUCAACAGAGCAAAGCGAGCUAAUGAAUAUUUUGCAAGAGAAUGCAAAAGAACUAGAGCAAUUAGACAUCAUCCUCCUUCUUCCUAGUCUCCUCCAGAAAAGUGUCAUAAAUAAUGACAACUACAGAGAUCUUAAAGGAACGUACAUGAGCCAUAGCGAGAGAGCUAAGAAACUCCUCACAUUUCUCCAGACUAGAGGAGCAGACGGGAUUGUAGAGUUCUUGAUGACAUUGCAAACCAGUUCAGAAGAGAAUCACAAUAAGAUUGGUGGAAGACUCAUUAGCAAAGUUCAAGAUCUUGUCCAGAGCAAAAGAACUGGAGACAUAGACAAGACUCUCCUGCUCAAGCUUGGGAAAUUGGGAGUGAACAUGUCAGCAGUGAGCAGAUCACACUCAUCAUCUUCAGAAGAAGCACAAGCACCAGCAGGACCCCAUGAUAGGGUAGCUGUCCUGGUAAGAAUGUCGGAAUAUUUCGAAAUGAGUUCAAAGAGAUCUCAGGAAGUCAAAUUAUCAAAUGAUGAGUCCAUUGUUAACUGGUUGAGAGAGCAGGAUUAUCAUAUCAUUGAUAUUACUUUUGAUCUAAUCAACAAGUGUCAAAGUGGUGAGUAUAAGGACUAUCAUCAAGUAUUGAUAGAGAUCUUUGACAAAGAAGUUGCUUCCUGUUGUCACCCAAAGACAAUUAUUAUAGUCUACCUAACUGGGCUGGCUUAUAUGACCAAAGCUUCUAAAAAAACUUGCCUGCUAAUGGAUAGAUCACACUUUCUCAGCAGAAGCCAGGAUGAUUGUAUAACUGAUUCACAUAUCAAGAUAGGUCUAAAACAGCUCCCAACACCUUAUGUUACCAUUAUUAGUGAUACCCUCUGGAGCAAAGAAGAAAAAGAAGAGAAGGCCCCAUGGGGGAAUCUUUGCUCCUGGGACUCUAGGACUGUAGUGAUAAGCUCUACUAUUGAAUAUGAAGAUCAAAAGUCAAUUCCUAUCGAGAGAGAGUUGAUGAAAUACUUAGAAAGCAGCCUGAGAUCAUGGAGUGAUGACAGGGAAUGUCCUAAGAUCAGUCACUAUCAGUUCUAUCAAUCGCUCGUUCAUGGUUAUAGAGACUCGGAAGAUCUACCACUGACAAUAGUGGGUGAUGUUGAUCGUAUCCUGUUUGGAUAUUACAACUAUCCUUAUCCUCUUUUCCUUUUUGGUCGCCUUUUAAGGGAAGAGGGAAAGAUUGAGUGUGGGUGUGGUUAUUACGUAAUGGGGCUCGAGCCGGAGCAAGAGGUGACAGUGAGUCUACCCACUCAACCCGAGGGUAUCCAUAAGGCAGUCGUACAUGAAGUGACCGAUAAUACUUGCAUAGUCAAGUACAACGUGGUUACUAACAUUCCAACUGAUGUAGUGCAUCUUUUUGUAACAGUCCCGGACCGGGAAAAGAUUUUAAUAUCAACUGACAUAAAUGACAGAAUGAAAGAUGACAUACUUGUUAGUUAUUUGAAUCAGUCAUCACGUCUUGAUCACACAAAGGCAACUGGUCAACUAAAAGUUAAACAAGUUUUUGAAGAGUUUGAGAUAACAGAUCAAACUGAUUCGCUUCAGUCACCUAAAGUAAUAGUAUCCUCUAUUGAGCUAGUGAAAAGUUUACUGGAAAGGAUUGGGCAUUAUCUGCUGGUAAGGAAUUGGAAGAACGUCGUUCAAAGGUCAAGAAAAAAUCACAAAUGUUUUUUAAAUAACUUUAAAACAGUACAAUUAGAUCCAAGAGGAUUUCAAGUUUCAAGCAAUAGUGAGAUACCAAAUAGUCCAGCUGAAUAUGCUCUUCAUGAUGAUGACAAGUACUGGAAACCUGCUUCAUUACCUGCUGAAUUGAGAAUAGAAAUAAAGAAAUCAUACUACGUUACUGCAGUUGAGUUGACAACUACUCCACAAAUGGCACCUAAUGCUUCUAGAUUACCUCGUGUUGAGAUGAGCUACACGAACAAGAUCCCUCUUGUAAAGUCCCGAUAUGAGGGUCCUUCAGUAUCUCAUAAAACACUGAUGAUCCCUUUGAUUAGUAUCGAUGAUUGCAAGCAACGUCAAGAUCACUCCACUUUCUCGGUUAUUAAAAUAUCUCCGCUUAAACUUGAUCAGUCGGUUGACAGAGGAAUGUUUGUGUUUAAUCUUGUCAUUGCAAGCACUGAUAAUGAAGUUAACUAUGUUCAAGAUUAUACAAUCCUUGAUCCAAUGCCAUCGAUACAAUGUAUACCAGUUCCUAAUGCUGAUCAGCAAGUGAAACUGGAGAAUAAUGGAGAGCCUCUUAUUGUAUCAUUCACUAAUACUUAUGACUCAAUACUACUAGCAAUAGAUGGUAAUGCUCCAGUCACAUGUAGCCAACUGAUGGUCUAUUAUCCUGAGAAUGGUAAACCCAUUGAGCUGUUUGACAUAGAAUUAAUACAACAAAGUUUUAGUAGAAGCAAAGAACUUCUCAAUGCUUUUCAUCCUGCUAGUGGAAUAUCCAGAACUGACCUGAAAUCUCCAAAGAUUCUUCAUGAACUCAUCCUUCAUAUCAAUGAGAGGUAUCCUUUGCAGGUGCACUUGUAUGGUAGCAGCAUGAGUGAGACAAUGGUAGGAAAAGUGGAUUCUAAUUUAGAACUUAGUUUAAAUAAUGAGUCACCUCAAGUGCUUUUUGUGACAGUAAUGUGCAUUGAAAAAACCGGUAAAAUAGACUGCAUAGUGUCACAAAAAGACAUAGCACCAAUGAGUAUAUCAAAAGAUACUUUCAUAAACUUAUCGCUACCCGAAGGAGAGAGCUCCACUGUUGAUACAUACAGGGUCUUUGUUAGCUGCUCUCCAUUACAACUGGACUCACUGCAGCAGUUGAAUGUAAUGGACUACUUCUCAAGUCACAAGUAUAAACCACCCAAUCUAAAGAAUCUCAUUUUACAGGAAAAAGACGAAGAAUGGUACUGCUAUCAAUACACAGUCCGAGUUAUUAAAUAAUAGUUAACUGACCUUUGAUCACAUGUAUAACUAGUUAUAUUAUACCGGUAACUAGUUAAAUUCUUCUACGAAGAAAAUAAUUAAUGCAAUUAUAA